CAGCAUUAAAUCGGUCUGGAACGUAAUCUGAGGAUGUUGCUGUGGCCCGCAGAGUCAGCGCUAUAGAGCCCGUACAUCAACGCUCACGCCGGAUUCAGACCCUAACGGGCUUUCUGCUGCUGUUGCUUCAGAUGUCCAAAUACAAGCUCUUCCUUCUGAGGCAUGGAGAGGGCGCCUGGAACAAAGAGAACCGGUUCUGCAGUUGGGUGGACCAGAAGCUGAGCGUGGAUGGGGUGAAGGAGGCCCAGGACUGUGGCCGGCUCCUAAAGCAGCAGGGAUACCAGUUUGACAUAGUGUUCACCUCCAUACUCAGUCGUUCCAUCCAGACGGCGUGGCUGGUGCUGGAGGCUAUGGGCCAGGAGUGGCUCCCUGUUGUCAAGUCCUGGAGGCUUAAUGAACGCCACUAUGGAGCCCUGAUUGGACUCAACCGGGCUGAGAUGGCCUUACAACAUGGAGAAGACAAGGUGAAGUUAUGGAGAAGGAGUUACAACAUCACUCCGCCUCCCAUAGAUGAAUCCCACCCUUACUUUUUGGAAAUCUAUAAUGACCGCAGGUACACUACAUGUGAUGUGCCGAAGGAGAAGCUUCCCCGAGCUGAGAGCCUGAAGGAGGUUCUGGAUAGGCUCCUGCCAUACUGGAACAGCACUGUGGUCCCAGAGAUAAGGAAGGGCAAGACCGUGCUCAUUUCUGCUCAUGGAAACAGCUGCAGAGCUCUGCUGAAACACCUGGAGGGUGUGUCUGCUGAGGAUAUAGCUAAUGUGACUUUACCCACGGGGAUACCUGUGCUGCUGGAGCUGGACGAAAACCUCCAGCCUGUGAAACCUCGACAGCUGCUUGGGGACCAGGCUAAGAUUCAAGCUGCCAUUAAAAAGGUGGAAGACCAGGGAAAGGCUAAACCAUCAGCUUGAACACGUCAGAGGGACUAUAGACUCAGUACAUAACUUUUAUUGUUGCUGUGUUUGUAAGCUGCUUUAUUAUGUACGACGACGACAAAUUUCAUACAAAGACUUGACAGGAACUAGCUUUAGCAGGAUGUGUUGUGUUUUAGACGUAAGAUUUAUUGUAGUUUACUGCUUCGUGUGGCUGAGAUCAGACUGCCUCUAUGGUUGGAAAAUGUUCAGUUGUGUGUAAAUAUUGAUGAAACUUUUUUUUGUCAUAUUCCUAAAUGACUUACUCCUACUUCCUGCUUGAACAGUGGCUCUUAGGCCUAGUCCACACGUAGCCGGGUUUUUUAAAAAAUGAAUAUCCGCCCCUCCUGAAACUUGCGUCCACACCACCUCGUUUAAGAAAGAAACUGUCCACACGUACCCGGAUAAAUACGUUGUUAAGGACAUGCCAGACCUGUAGGUGGCAGUACUUCCCCCGUUCUUAACCUCGUCCUUCGUCUGGUCUUCCGCAAGGAGCAGUAAUUCCGCUUGCAAAAACAAACAAAAAGCGGUUGGACAAUUGAUAAAGCGAACGCAGCUCUGAGGGCAUCCAUGCUGUCGGCUAGUGUAAACACAGGUCGCACACGUGAUGUCAGCAUUUUUUUGUCGCGGAAAGUGACGUUGCAGAUCUUAAAACUCCGGUUUUGUCUGUCCACAUGCAGGCACCCAAAACGGAGAAAACACAGAUCUUCACUUUGGCCGGAGUUUUUAAAAAGAUCCGUUUUCGUGUGAAAAAACUCCGUUUUCAUGUGGAUGACAGGCCAAAACGUAGAAAAAUAUCUACGUUUUGGCAGAUCCCCGGCUACGUGUGGACAGGGCCUUAAUCUGCUUAUUUAUUGACUUGCUAAUCUGCUAAUUUGUCAUAAUUACGUUGAAAAAUAUGGAAGCUUCAUUUUUUUCUGAAGUAUGUUUUCCUGUUAGGUCAGUCAACCUAAAGUGAUCGUUUGGAUCUUGAUUUCUGUGGAAAUAUUAGGUCAUUUCUUACCUGCUGAAUGACCUCAGCUUGGGGAAACAGAGACUAAUUUUAACCGGAUGGAUGACUUUUAUAAGACCAGGUUUGGUUUAGUCUCUACCCUAGGCACUAAAAACAGAAACAUUUCACUUGAGUUGUACCUAGAGUCAGUCCUAAAUAGAAUUGCUAGUAGCUGAGAAGCUAUAGUACUGUUGUGUGUCACCAUGGCAACAUCAAACAUGCUUAUCACACCUGUAUACGCAAUCGUGUAAUACAGCAUUUACCGGAAGCCAGAUCGUUUUCGUGACAUUUUAGGAUUAGAGUUGUGUUAUGAUGUCAGUAAUUCAAAUUUUUGUCCUUUCCCCGCCAUGACUAGUAGUUGGCAUAUCAGUCUACUAAAACAAAUCUGUAUUUUUCAAAGCUGAGGUUGCUCAAAGAGCUAACUGAUGCAAAGCUUUCCUCAAAAAAACUAUUUCAAAGCUCUAUUAUUUAGGUAAUAUUUAGCUAGAUUUGAUGUCUUUAGUGUUAAUCAAACUAUUUAUUAGACAUUUUCGUCUCUGGUCUUUUAUUUAACCCGUCAACGAGUCUUACCUCAAAACGUCAAUAAUCUGAUUGUUUACUUCAAAAUGUGGACUACUAUGUGGAUUACUAAAUACAUGUGGAUUAAUAUACUAUUUAAUUCAUAUAAAUAUGCCCAACCACUGAUGGUGUGUGUGUGUGUAAAUGACACUUUUAUCUGGAGCAACCUGUUUUAUGCGGUGCAAUAAUUGUGAUGCAGAUUGAAGUUUAAACUUUUUGUGACUUUAAAGCAAGAAAUUUUGUGGAGAUUUGAAAAUAAACACAUUUAUAAUUAAAUGACUACCAAGAACAGUGAAUGUUUGAAACAGGAUAAACAUUAAAGUGGCCAAUACUAGCGUUUUUCAUAAUUUCCACACAUAGGUCAUGUUGGAUUUCUUCUUUUCUUUUUUGUCAUGCAAAUCAAAGACGUGGAAGGAAACAUUACUACUGUGAUCAUGUUUUAGUUUUUAUAGGUGACUGUGUGCUGCCUAGUAACCUGUGCGUUAUGUUAACUCUGUUUUUACCCUGAGUUGUGUUUUACUGUCACUGUUCUGUACACUGGUUGGUUUAGAGGAGACGUUACGGACGUAAGGAGAAGAAAGCACUGGUGUGAUGUUUUACCUACGUACUGUAUGUUGGGUAGUUGUGUGAUUAAACAAAAUAAAUUCUAAUUUAGAGUAAUAAUAA